AUAUCCUGGGUGUUACAGAAAAUGGCAUUUUUAUUAUUUCUAAUGAAACAUGGGGGGCUUUAAGAGGUUUAGAAACACUUAGUCAAUUAAUGUGGACUACGAAAGAUCAAUCUCAUGUUUUUGUUAAUCGAACGUACAUUGUCGAUUACCCUCGUUUCAAACAUCGUGGAUUAAUGAUUGACACUUCUAGGCAUUUUAUAAGCAAAUCUGUUAUUUUACUGAACUUGGAGGCUAUGAGUUAUAAUAAAUUAAAUGUUUUACAUUGGCAUAUUGUGGAUGAUCAGUCAUUUCCAUAUCAAAGUGAUGUAUAUCCUGAACUUUCGGCUAAAGGUGCUUAUCGAGAAGAUUUAGUUUAUACAUCGAAUGAUAUCAAAGAAAUUGUGGAGUUUGCCCGAUUUCGAGGCAUUCGUGUUAUUCCCGAAUUCGAUAUACCAGGUCAUACUCGAAGUUUGUCACUUUCUCAUCCAGAAAUUAUGUCACAAUGUCAAUAUGAUUAUAAAAAUCUUGCAUAUUACGGGCCACUUAAUCCAGCUUCAAAUAAAACAUACGAGCUUUUAGAAAAUUUAUUUAACGAAGUUUUUCAAUUAUUUUUAGAUGAUUAUAUUCAUCUGGGCGGUGAUGAAGUAGAAACAAUAUGUUGGGAGCGUGAUCCUGAAAUUCUACAGGGCGUUGAAAAUCAUGAUCAAUCCAAUUCAAUAUUUUGGAUUAACUACUUUUGGAGAUGUGUACAAAAUCUAGUUACCCAGAUAGGCAAGAAAAAUCCUCAGUCGAAACGAAAUUUAAUUCUGUGGGAAGAUGUCGUAGAACAUGUAACCGAUCUUAAAAAAUCGAUGUUUGUUCAAGUCUGGAAAAGUCAUCCAUUCUCUCAUUUAUCUAAAGGUUUUAAUAUUAUCUAUUCAAGUUGUUGGUAUUUGGAUUUACUUAAUGAUAUUAAGCGUUGGACAGAUUUUUAUCUGUGCGAUCCAUCCAACGAUGCUCCACUGGAAACUGAACGACAAAUUCUAGGUGGUGAAGCUUGCAUGUGGAGUGAAUACCAAUCGGAUUAUACAGUUCUAACAAAAAUUUGGCCGGUUACAAGUGCUGUUGCAGAACGUCUUUGGAGUGCUAAAGAAAUAAAUGACUUAGAAUUUGCCGGUCCGCGCAUUGAAGAACAACGAUGUCGUUUAAUCAAUCGUGGUAUACCAGCUGGUGUUCUUCUUGGUCCAGGAUAUUGUGAUAGUACUAAACAAAUGACAACAUGGAAUAUCGAUGAAAUUAUAUUAGAUGAACAUAAAAAUAUUAAAAAUAUCAUGAAGCGAAUGGAACCAAAUAAUAAUAAUCAUGACAUUUAUCAAAAUAAAAAUAAUGAUUAUAGACCUAUUAAUUUAUGGAGUGAUAAAGAUUUGUUCAUUGGUAUUUUCAUCGGCAUUUUAAUUACAUCAUUAUUUCGCCAUUGUAAUUUUUUAACAUUUCGAAAGGCUAAGUGUAAUUUAUCUGUUAUACGUACAGUAUGUUUAUGUAUUUUGAUUUUUGUAAUAUUAAUAAUUUUCUUUAAUCAUAUGUAUUCUGUAUUUGUAUAGAAUUUAAGUGGAAAUCAUUAGUUUGUCUCUACUACUACUAACAUACAUUAUUGCAUAAUUUUCGUGGAACCCCCAUUAUAUUGCUUAUUAGCAAUUAGUAUUGAAAAAUUAGUUAUUUCACUCUGCACUUUUUAUACUCUUAUCCUAUUUAGUGUAUAUAUAUGUUGUGUUGUUGCAAUUUGACUUGAUGAUUCUAAUGUUCUCUUUCGUACUCUUUGUCUCUCUGUACGGAAUACCUAUUUACUUUUGCUAAGCGUUAAGUGUUUUUAAGACGCUUCCCAAGACGUAUAUCUACCUGUCUAUCCAAAUAAUUAUGUAGUUGUUUGUAAUCAUGUUUUAUUUGUGUAUGUAUGUAUUUCAUUUAUUCUUUCCUCCUUGUCUUAUACCACAUUACUUUAAUUCAUCCUAUUCAUUACUGUUGUAUCUUACGUAAGAAGAAACUUGUACUGUCUUUAAUAAUCGUGAGAAGACAUGAAUCUCUUUGUCAUUGUCUUUCCUAUUACAUAUUACACAUAAAUCUCAGUGACUGAAGAAGAAGCAGGAAAACUAAUUCACAGUGCAGUCAGUAAUAUACUAUUCUUAUAUUAUUUUAUUCCUAUUAAAGUUGUUAUUGUAUUGUCUUGUUAGUAUUAUUGCUUACGUUUUUUACCUUGCAUGCUUUUUUAUGUCAGUUUGUUUCUUCUUAAACAAGGAACAAAACCAUUUGUCCUUGUGUAUUACACUAACAAAUGGUGCUCUGUUAUAUUCAUAAAUGAUGCAUACUUAUUUAUUCAUUCGUUUGUUGACCUUCUUUAACUUGUAUGUGCUCAGCGUUCUUCAUGUUUUAGACUUAUGCUUUAUUUCUUAAAUUUCCCAAAUAUGAUUGAUAUUAAAUUUUCAGUGGAUGUUUGUUCAUUGAAAGGAAACUUUCAGUCUGUUUUUUUAAACCGAAAACAUGAUUUCUACAUAUAUGUGAAGUAAAAUAUACGUAGAUUUUUCG